AUGGCUGGGACUACCCCAGUGAUUCUGAGGACACCUCGAACUACUCGCCUGGAGAUGCCUGAUUCUCUCCACCAAACAUUGGCUUCUACGGAUACAGACACAGUCACUUGGACAGACCUUGAACUUCACAACUUCAUGGCCAAACAAUUAGAGACUCCCGAAGUCCAGGCCAUUGCUUCGAGAGACACGAUAGAGCAUGACCAAGCUAUCAACGCGAUAGCUCGACACUUCGAGCUAGAUAAAAUGCUCUCUUCAAUCGAACCCAGCUCCGAUCUCGACCUGGCUGAAAUUUGCGAGCGCUAUGACAUGCCGGAGACACUCCGACUCUCUUGA